AUGUUUAAAAAUGCUGCUGUUAUCCUCGCCAUUGUUGCCUGCGCCCAAGCCAAGCCCGGUCUUCUGGCUGCACCCUUAGCCUACACCGCUCCCGCGGCAGCCGUCCUUGCUGCCCCUGCUCCUGUGGUGACCGCAACCAGCAGCCAGGUGUUUGCUCGGAACUACAAUGGGAUCGCUGCUGCUCCAGUGAUUGCUGCCGCGCCUGUCGCUCCAAUUAUAAAGACACUUGGUACACCUCUGGCUGCGCCUCUUGCUGCCCCUCUUGCUGCGCCUCUUGCUGCGCCUCUUGCUGCGCCUCUUGCUGCCUCGCUACCUUACAGAGUCAGCCCCUUCACUGCUCCUCUGGGCUCUGCGCUACCAUUGGCCUACUCCGCACCGCUCCUGGUCUAA